GCAUGCGCGCGCGUCUCCUCUCGCCGGCCGCUGCGCUCGGCGGCGCGGAAUAGAAUGAACUGUAACAAAACAAGCCGAGCCUUUGUAUCUGCUUAAAGGGGCCGCAGGCACUUCCCUCCUGUCCCCCCCAACCCCCGCUCGGCUACCGCGUCUCCAGGGCUCCCAGCAACUGUCUGGAAGGGCUUCCCUCACCCUCAGGAACAGCCCGCCAGCGAGGGAAGGCGAGCCAGGCGGGAGGAGAAGAGAAGACACCGCGUUUCUAAGAGGCAAGAAAGGAAGGAAGGAAGGAAAAAAAAUAACCCGAGCGGCGCAGAGUGGACUCUGGUCCCGGAGAGAACGGUCGGGCGCCGGAACGUGGACCGAGAAGCACCGGAAUGCAAACAAAGCUCGCGGGCGCCUGUGCAGGGCUCGCGGGGAAGACCAGAAAGUUUGUUUUAUGAUGGCUUGAGUGAGCGAGUGUGUGCAGGGGAGCAAGGCUGCCAAGUUUCUCCCUCCCGUUGCGUUAUUUGGGGGGAGAUGUCCCUCCCAUGAACCAGCGGGGGGGCCUGGGGGCUUGUGCUGUGGGGGGCACCUGUCUCUCAUUUAUUAUUUUUUUGUGGGGGGGAGGAGGGGUGUAACAGCCCAUCAUGUCGAGAGUGAUCCAGAAGAAGAACCACUGGACUAGCAAGGUUCACGAAUGCACCGUGAGACGGGGACCCCAGGGCGAGCUGGGGGUGACGGUGCUGGGGGGCGCGGAGAACGGGGAGUUUCCGUAUGUCGGAGCGGUGGCCGCGGCCGAGGCGGCGGGGCUUCCCGGCGGCGGCGAGGGCCCUUGGCUGGGCGAGGGGGAGCUGCUUCUGGAGGUGCAGGGGAUCCGGGUGUCCGGCUUGCCCCGCUAUGACGUGCUGGGAGUCAUCGACAGCUGCAAGGAGGCCGUCACCUUCAAAGCCGUCAGACAAGGAGGAAAACUGAACAAGGACCUGCGACAUUUUCUCAAUCAGCGCUUCCAAAAAGGCUCUCCUGACCAUGAGCUCCAGCAGACCAUAAGGGAUAACCUUUACCGCCAUGCUGUGCCUUGCACAACCCGGUCUCCGAGAGAAGGAGAAGUGCCUGGCGUGGACUAUAACUUUCUGACUGUGAAGGAGUUCUUGGACCUCGAGCAGAGCGGGACCCUUCUGGAAGUCGGCACCUAUGAAGGAAACUAUUAUGGGACACCCAAACCUCCUAGCCAGCCAGUCAGUGGGAAAGUGAUCACGACGGAUGCCUUGCAAAGCCUUCAGUCUGGCUCCAAGCAGUCGACCCCAAAGCGAACCAAGUCCUACAAUGAUAUGCAAAAUGCUGGCAUAGUCCACACGGAGAAUGAGGAGGAGGAUGACGUUCCUGAAAUGAACAGUAGCUUUACAGCCGAUUCCGGUGCCCAGGAAGAGCACACUCUCCAAGAAACAGCGUUACCACCUGUGAAUAGUAGCAUCGUCGCUGCUCCCAUCACGGACGCUUCUCAGAAGUUCCCUCAAUACCUACCUCUUUGUGCAGAGGAUAAUUUAGGUCCUCUACCCGAGAACUGGGAGAUGGCAUACACCGAAAAUGGAGAAGUCUAUUUUAUAGACCAUAACACGAAAACAACAUCUUGGUUAGACCCUCGGUGCCUGAACAAGCAGCAGAAGCCUCUGGAAGAGUGUGAAGAUGAUGAAGAAGGGGUCCACACCGAGGAGCUGGACAGUGAACUAGAACUACCUGCUGGUUGGGAAAAGAUUGAAGACCCUGUCUAUGGUAUCUACUAUGUAGACCACAUCAACAGGAAGACACAAUAUGAGAACCCGGUUCUAGAAGCCAAACGGAAGAAGCAGCUGGAGCAGCCGCAGCCGCAGCCGCAGCCGCAGCCAGAAGAAUGGACAGAACAUCACCCAUGUCUUGUGCCUCCUGUUACUCCAAACCACCCCCCGAGCAAUCCGGAGCCAGCCAGAGAAGCUCCACUUCAGGGCAAACCCUUUUUUACACGAAACCCUUCUGAGUUGAAAGGCAAGUUUAUUCACACGAAGCUGCGGAAAAGCAGUCGUGGCUUUGGCUUCACAGUUGUUGGAGGUGAUGAACCUGACGAGUUUCUGCAGAUCAAGAGCUUGGUCCUGGAUGGUCCUGCGGCAUUGGAUGGCAAGAUGGAAACAGGAGAUGUCAUUGUCAGCGUGAAUGACACCUGUGUUUUGGGACACACACAUGCGCAAGUUGUGAAAAUCUUCCAGUCCAUUCCCAUUGGUGCCAGCGUGGACCUUGAACUCUGCCGAGGUUACCCGUUGCCUUUUGACCCAGAUGACCCCAAUACAAGUUUAGUGACUUCGGUAGCCAUUUUGGAUAAAGAACCAAUUAUUGUGAAUGGGCAAGAGACCUAUGAUUCGCCGGCCAGUCACAGCAGUAAAACAGGCAAAGUCAAUGGCAUGAAGGAUGCCAGGCCAAGCAGCCCUGCUGAUGUGGCUUCAAACGGUUCCCAUGGUUACCCCAAUGACACUGUCUCUUUGGCUUCCUCCAUAGCCACUCAGCCAGAGCUCAUAACUGUUCAUAUAGUCAAAGGCCCAAUGGGCUUUGGUUUUACUAUCGCGGACAGUCCUGGUGGCGGUGGCCAAAGAGUGAAACAGAUCGUGGACAGUCCAAGGUGCCGUGGCCUGAAAGAAGGGGAUCUUAUAGUGGAAGUUAAUAAGAAGAACGUGCAGGCUCUGACCCAUAAUCAAGUUGUGGAUAUGCUGAUUGAAUGUCCAAAGGGAAGUGAAGUCACACUGUUGGUGCAACGAGGAGGGUUGCCAGUUCCCAAGAAGAGCCCAAAGUCGCAACCACUGGAAAGAAAAGACAGCCAGAAUAGUUCUCAGCACAGUGUUUCCAGCCACCGGAGCCUGCACACGGCCUCCCCAAGCCACAGCACACAGGUGCUCCCCGAGUACCCACCUACAGAGGCCCCAACUCCAGAUCAAACCGACAGCUCUGGGCAGAAAAAACCAGAUCCUUUUAAAAUCUGGGCCCAGUCCAGGAGCAUGUAUGAAAACCGACCUAUGUCACCUUCGCCUGCAUCGGGAUUGAGCAAGGGUGAAAGAGAAAGAGAAAUCAGUUCCACGAGUUUUGGAGAAUGUCAGAUUCCAGAUUACCAGGAACAGGACAUCUUUCUCUGGAGAAAAGAGACUGGAUUUGGAUUUAGGAUUCUGGGUGGAAAUGAACCAGGAGAACCUAUUUACAUUGGUCACAUCGUACCACUGGGUGCUGCUGAUACAGACGGCCGCCUGCGGUCUGGGGAUGAAUUAAUCUGUGUGGAUGGGACACCGGUCAUUGGAAAAUCACACCAGCUUGUGGUCCAGCUUAUGCAACAAGCUGCCAAGCAAGGCCACGUCAAUCUCACUGUGCGGCGCAAAGUGGUGUUUACAGCCCCCAAAGCCGAGAACGAGGUGCCCUCGCCGGCCUCCUCCCACCACAGCAGCAACCAGCCGGCGUCCCUGACGGAGGAGAAGCGCACCCCGCAGGGCAGCCAGAACUCCCUGAACACGGUGAGCUCGGGCAGCGGCAGCACCAGCGGCAUCGGCAGCGGCGGCGGCGGCGGCAGUGGCGUGGUGAGCGCGGCCGUGCAGCCCUACGACGUGGAGAUCCGGCGCGGCGAGAACGAGGGCUUCGGCUUCGUCAUCGUGUCCUCGGUGAGCAGGCCCGAGGCCGGCACGACUUUCGCAGGCAAUGCAUGUGUGGCUAUGCCUCACAAAAUAGGUCGGAUUAUUGAGGGGAGUCCCGCUGACCGAUGUGGCAAGCUGAAAGUGGGAGACCGGAUCCUGGCAGUGAAUGGAUGUUCCAUCACCAACAAGUCCCAUUCAGACAUUGUCAACCUAAUCAAGGAAGCAGGAAACACAGUUACCCUCCGCAUCAUUCCCGGGGAUGAGUCCUCAAAUGCCACUUUGUUGACCAACGCAGAGAAGAUUGCCACCAUCACCACCACACACGCCCCUUCUCAGCAAGGGGCCCAGGAGACCAGGAAUACCACCAAACCAAAGCCGGAAUCUCAGUUUGAGUUCAAAGCACCCCAGGCAACACAGGAGCAAGAUUUUUACACUGUGGAACUAGAGAGAGGAGCCAAGGGAUUUGGCUUUAGUCUUCGAGGGGGCCGAGAAUAUAACAUGGACCUCUAUGUUCUGCGCUUAGCAGAGGAUGGUCCAGCAGAAAGGUGUGGAAAGAUGAGGAUUGGUGAUGAAAUCUUAGAGAUCAAUGGCGAGACCACCAAAAACAUGAAGCAUUCUCGGGCUAUAGAACUGAUUAAGAAUGGUGGCCGCAGGGUGCGUCUGUUUCUGAAGCGGGGAGACGGCUCCGUACCAGAAUAUGACCCCAGCAGCGACCGCCUCGGCCCCGCCGCCGCCGGGGCACAAGGUGUUCCGGAAGUGAGGGCCGCGCCCCCCGACCGCCGACCGCAUCCGUCAUUGGAGUCCAGUUACCCACCCGAUCUUCACAAAUCAUCACCGCAUGGGGAAAAGCGGGCACACGUGAGAGACCCAAAAGGCAGCAGAGAGUAUAUCAGACACCCCACUGAGCAUCACACAUGGAACGGAACUUCUAGAAAACCCGACAGCGGGGCUUGCCGACCCAAGGACCGGGCAGCGGAGGGACGCAGAGAGGCACCCCCGGAGCGGCCGGUGCCCAAUGGCCCCAAGAGGAGGUCCCCGGAGAAGCGCAGAGAAGGCACCCGCAGCGCGGACACCACUCUGGAGAGGAGGGAGAAGCACGAGAAGAGACGAGACGUGUCUCCGGAGCGGAGGCGCGAGCGCUCGCCCACCCGCAGGAGGGACGGCUCGCCCAGCCAUCGGAGGCGCUCCCUCGAAAGACUCUUGGAUCACACGCGGUCCCCGGAGCGGAGGAGAGGGAGCUCGCCGGAGCGCAGGGCCAAGUCCACCGAGCGCAGGCGCGAGCGCUCCCUGGAGAAGAGGGGCAGGGAGGACAGGGUCGGCCACCGAGAGAGGGAAGAGCCCAGUCUGAGACAGGACGCGGGCAGAAGCUCCAGACACGCCCCCGAGCAGAGAAGGCGACCUUACAAAGAAUGUAGCACCGACCUCAGUAUCUGAGACUCCGAGGCACAUUCCAACCUUUACCGUGUCAAAGGUUCUAAGAGGAAGGUCACAAACGUGAAAUAAUUUAGUUUCUUACCUUGAGGAAGCGUCCGACCCCCGAUGAUCCUAUAAUAGCAACAAACAUUUUAUGCAUUUGAAAUCUUAUAAGAAAAAAGAAAAAAUAUAUAUAUAUAUAUGAAAAGUGUUGUGCCUGAUGUAUAAUAUUAAAGAAAGUAUUUUUAAAUGCAUACUUUUUUUGGAAAUUAUUUGCCAAAUGCUGCCCCGAAGGGAUAUAAAUUUUGUUUCUACGUGACCUGUAGAAUUGUCAAGAAUCGUUCCCUUAUGGGGGGCAGUCUUUUUCUCUCCUGGUUAAAUAGGACUGUUGAUCAUUUUCUCUAAGGGAAAUAAUUGAUUACGUUUAAUUAAUUUGAUGUAGAUUGUUAGGUAGUGAUGUAGUGCUAUCCUGUAGUUUAGGAGUUUUUCUUUAAAAAAAAAGAGCAAAAAGGCAAAAGUUAUAUUUGUAGAAGCUGAGGACUCUUUGGGACAGAUUAGGAUUGUCAAUGAUCCUAAAAUUAAACUGUAUGAAGAGACUACUACUGCAAAUGAAGGAUAUUUAUAGCUAAACUACACAGCACAAAGAAAUGUUGCCUUCUCGAGUCAUAGUUGGUUCAGAAAACAGUUUGUACUCUCCCUGGCCAUAGAAAGGCACAGAGAGGAGAAGGUUGGCCGCCAUUGCCCAGACAUAGCCCAAGCACAGAUAGAUGAUCAGGUUCAUUAGUAUCACCAAUAUCUGAUAAGAUCUCAUUAAGGCAGCACCAUCACAGCUUUGCUCAACUACCGGAAGGAACCGACAGUGAACACCUGUGUUGUCUUGUCUGAUUUGAGGCCAAAUAGUGGAUCGAAUGGGGAACCAUGUGCCCAGUGGGAGGGAACCAUGAGAAUCCUCCACACAGAAAGUGUGUUGUUCCCCCCUGUGUAGCAUAAGCCCAACUGGGGGCAAGGGAAUGAGCGCUGGUGGAAGUUACCUCUCUGUUGAUAUUUAAAGAAGUGAGGGUUCGGGGUGCUUCUUCUUAGAAAUGCCCAUUUCCCUUUGAAACCAUAAUAAAAGUCUCCAGGAUGACUGAAAGGGAAAGCAAGACACAGUCCCAGUGGCUCUAGAUCGAGUUGGCAAACCUCUGCCCUCAUGACCCUGUCCUUUGAGUCUUUGGACAGCAGAACAAAGCGUAACAAUUUUUUUCUUUUUAGAAUGACCCAUUCUUUUGCAAUCCCGCAGGAGGUGCGGUUGGGUCGGCUCAUAGCCCCAGGAUGUGGUUGAAAUGGAUUACUGCCUAGCUGAGCCAAAACGUUUGCUUGUACCUGUUGGACCACUACAGCAAACCGCUGCUUAGGAUGCAUUGUGUAUUUCUGUAGUACUGUUUUGCAUUUCCCAUACAGACACACAACUUUGCAAGUCAAUCACUGUUGUUCUCAUGGUACUGUUUAAGGAAACAAUGAAAAAGGAAAAAAAAAAAAUGGAGAAAACCAGUCAGUCCUUGUGUGUACAGAGUUAAAAAUUGUAAUUAAUAGAGCCUGUUUAAAAAAAAAAAAAAAACAAAAACAGCUGUUGCCUUUUUUUCUUGUAUAAAAGAGAAUUUAUGACAAAAAAUUUAGCUGUGAGGAAUGUGAUACGUGUUUAUAUUUCUGAAUAUGGAACAAAUUGAUUCAUUGGGAUAUAUUUUAAUGUAAUCUAAAUCAGGUAUGUAAAGCUGUUUUAAAAUGGGAGACAAUAUAAGUAAUUCUCUAAAGCUUUAGUCGUUUUGGAUACCAUCAUUUCCUCCAUGGGGAGCCUGCUUGUGAAUUAUUAAGCUCUGUUUGCAUACUCUGUUCUGUUCUUCACUCAUUUCUUGCUGUGUGCUAUGGACUUAAUGCUCUUUCUGUAUUGAUGAAAAGCAGUAUGUGGGCCAAUCUUUUUAUAAAACACUAUGCAUAUAUAAAUAUCACAUUGUUCAUAGCUUUAUUUGACUUAUGGGUUUAUACAUAACAUAGAAUGAGUACCUAUAGCUGUGUGGACAUGUACAAAACUAGUUCCUUUCCUGGAACAGAGACCGUGUACAUUCUGUAGCUGCAAAGGAGGAAAAGGGUCUGUGACCGCGAUCUUUAUUAUCAGUUUUCCACGCGAAGCAAGCAGUGAGCUGUGGUAGGGAGGCCGAGGGAGAACACGACUGAAUAAUGGCAUUCUUUUUCAUCAGGUUCCUAGGAGCCCACAUGGGGUUUUUAUUCCUAAGGCUCCACUGCUAGGAAUUUUCUCGCUGUUUCUAGCAAAAUCUGUGAUGUUAAAUGAUCGAUGCUCUCGCUUGUGGUCCAGAGUUUUAAAUAAAUGAAAUCAAGGUGGAUUUGGGGGAGUACGUCGUGAAAUUAACAACUUAAUGUCUUUCUUAUCGUCAGAGGUGAUAUUUGACAUUUUAAAAUCUGUGUGCUACCCACCUGGGCUUAGUCUUCACCAGUCCGUGAAGACUUGAUGUGACAGUUUCCUCUGACUGCCACACAUCAGAUUUGCUUUGGGAAUACUGUACUGUACAGGGACUAUGCAUUAAGCAGAAAGAUCUAGUUUUCUCUGAACUACUGUAACCUUAGAUUGGAGACGGAUUCUUGUGAGCCUACUUUCCCUAAUCCCCCACUUCAUGUAAAUGUCUUGAUGAGAGAUGAUGGAUGAGUAUUUUGUAUGAUUAAAUCAAACCAUUGAAGAAUCCCCCACCCACCCAUUACACAGUUGAUGCCUGAAAGAAUGUUGGUUGGGGGGGGGGGUGGGGGAGAACUCAACACCCUACUUGUAUUUUUUAAGUUUCUUUUGUGAAAGAUUUUUUAAUGCAUUUUUACUGUAAAAAUACAUGGAAAUGUAUGCAUUCCAUAACCAC